CAGCUGCACGAGUGAAGAGGAGCCGGUCUGCCAGCGCCACGGAGGGGCCCCGCAUCCGCUGCGCUCAGACGCGAGUCCUCACUGGCAUGGACACCGGAGGAGAGCACUGACAUCCAGGAACCAUGCCUACUGUCCUCGGUGGCAAAGGGAAACUUUCCACGGUCUGUUUUCUACUCCGAUGCGCAUAUUCUCAGGUAACAAGAAGCCAACACAAUAGCUGUGCCAAAGAUAUUCUAGAGGACAUGACUCAGUCCUGGCCAUCCCAGCAAGCAUUAGGGGGUGACCAGGCCCAACGAAUCCUCUACAACUCUAAGGAAGCAAAACUACAGAGUGCACAACACAGACAAAGUCGGGGGGAUGUUCAGCUGCGAAUGACCCGUCACCCUCACGUGGCACCUCACAAAUCCAUGCUGGCUGAUGACCUGAAACUAAGCAGUGAUGAUGACGACAUUCAAAGGGCAACUCAUGAGUCAGCUUCCUGGGAUGGACACAGUCUGUCAGCACAGCGAGCGCACACACAUGGCAGGCGGGUGAGACAUUCCAGCUCGGACUCUUCAGGCUCAGACUGCUCUGCUGAGUCGGGCAGCAGUAGCCUUCACUCCCGGAGCCCCAGCCGGAGCCCAGAAGUUCACCCAGAUCCUCUGUCGCCUGCCAACACGCAGCCGCCGCGCAACAGCAAGGAGACUGAUCAACCCUCUGCUGCCUGGCAGUUGGAUAAAUGGCUGAAGAAGUCCCGGAAAAAAUCUGCCAGUGAACAGGAUCCAGGGUGCCUUCUCUCUCCUCACACCCAACGAGCCCCAUCUCCAGCCAGAUCCUGGGACAGCAAUCGGGAAUACAGCCCUAGCCAAAGUCCUAUUCCCAGCCCACAGUUCCAUUACAGCCCCAACAACAGCCCCCUACCUAGUCCUGGUUAUAGCUACUGCCCUAGCCCCAGCCCAUUCCCCAGCACCUGCCCAAGUCCCAGCCCUAGCCCGAGGCACAGCCCGAUCCCCAGUCCAGUUCCAAGUGUUUGUCCCAGUCCGCAUGGGAGCCCGAGAGCCAGCCGCAGCCCGAGCCCUAUACCUAGAGACCCUCCAAGAAGCCCCAGUCCCAGCAUACCAGUUCCUUCCAGGGUUCGUCACCACCCCGAGGUUAAGAGUCAGAACCAAACACAACCUAGCCUAACAACCAAUCCCCACAGGACAAAAAAUAGGUCAUGGAUUGCCCCAUUGCCUAACACAGAUGCCAAAACCAAGUCUACAAACAGUACUCAUCUCCAGCCAACUCAUCAGCACAGGCCCAAGACUCGACCCGCACAGGAUCAAGAGCAAAGCCAGAGCAAAUCCAAGGCUUCUGCUGUUUUAAACUUGAACCAGAGUCACAGCCACAAAUCUAGACCCAAGCCCAACUUUCAUCCAAGUUCUAAACAGCUCGCUGAGGCUCCCAAAGCCAAGCACACCCCACAUUUUGAGCAAAUCCAGAGUAACAGAACCAAACACAAACCCAGGCCUCCGUUUCAGUCAAACUCACAACAAAGCCCCACAAGAGCAAAGCACUUAGUUCCCACAAGUCGCGAAACCAACCCCGGUCAUAGUUCUCACUCCCAAUCUACCUCUAAAGCUGCUACUAAUUCUAACACUGGGUUGAACUCUAGAUCAAACCCUAGCCUAAAACCUAGGGCCAAGCCUUGGGAGGCCCCGACUCCUGUACAUGUUAAUCCCACAAAAACAACACCGAAGAAGCCCCAGACCAAGGACCAAGAGGUGGAACACAGAGGAAAUCAUCUGUCCCUAGCAGAGGGGAGAAAACAGGAGAGAAAAGAGGACAGACAUAGGGAAAAACAACAAGGGAAACCGGAAAGAAAGCAAGACAGGAGGCUGGCGGAGGAGCAGCUACUGAGACGUCCCUGGAUCCAUAGUUCGGCAGAAGAAGAGGAGGAGGAAGAGGAGGAAGAGGGUGUGAUAGAGAGGCAGAGGAAGAGAGAGGAGACAGCAAGAGGAGAAAACAGUAGGAGGGAGCUGCAACAUAGACGCGAAUGGCAAACAGUCCAUGCCAAACAGCGACACCGCCUUCAAGACGACUCACACCACCGGGGGAGGACAAAAAAGGCAGGCAGAAGUGAGGAGGAGAGAGAGUUACAGCAAGACCCCUCGCCUUCAUCGUCACGUUCCCCAAGUCCUCGUAGAGCGUCCUCAUCAUCCUCUGCCUCCUCCUCUUCAAAUUCAGAUUCAGAGUCUGAAUGUCAGGCUCCGAUCACCAAAGUUCGAGCAGACUCUACCUCUCACAAGAGACUCACCAAGAGAGGGCAACAAGGCCCGGGCACAACUGACGCCAACAGGCCGAAGGCGGUGCACCCCAGAGGACCCGCCUCAGGUAACCCAAGCGAGGGGCAGCAGAGCGAGGGGAAGCAAAAACUCUACACCCUGGUCCCGUUUGGGCGAGGUGAACAGGCUACAGCGUCUUCCCAGCGAGGGCUCAGAAAUCUGGUGGUGCAGAUAGACCUCUGUCUUCUCAAAAGAGUCCCAGACAGCACUACUAGCCCUGCUGUUAAAAAACCCUCCUCUUCCUCCUCUUCUUCAUCAACCAAGGACAAGCAAAGUGAGGCUAUGAAACACCUGUACGUCCCUGAGACUGUGACAAAAGACAACAAAAGGAAACGCAAGUUGGAGAAUGGUGUUUCAAACAGAGAAAGCAAGAGAAGUAUUCCUUUUACAAAUGAGUCUUCACCUCACACAGCUGAGCACAACUUUGUGACGGAGACCAUGCACAACGGGUACUUGGAGGAGUACUUGGACCGCAAGAGGCCAUUGUCUCCCCUGUCUCCACUGUCCGACAGCCCCGAGUCCACCAAGCCUCCCUGCAAAACAAAGACGGCAGAGCAGCAUCACGUCCACAAGAACAGAGACAAGAAUAGAGAUUCUGCUAUAAAGCCCAAGAUGGAGGUGGAAUGUGUGAAAGUGUCAAGACAGCCCCAACCACCAUCUGAGUCCUGGGGCCCUGCAGGACACAGGGGGACUGUGCCAAACCAUGAAACUCCACACCAUGCUGAGUACUACUUACAUGAAGCCAAAAGAAUAAAGCACCGUGCAGACGCAAUGGUGGACAAGCUGGGGAAGGCUGUAAAUUACAUUGACGCUGCUCUGUCCUUCAUGGAAUGUGGGAAAGCAAUGGAGGAAGGGCCACUAGAGGCAAAGUCCCCGUAUACCAUGUACUCGGAGACUGUGGAGCUUAUUAGGUACGCGAUGAGGCUGAAGAGCCACUCCGGCCCUGGGGCGAGACAGGAAGACAAACAGCUAGCGGUCCUGUGUUUCCGAUGCCUUGCCCUCCUUUACUGGCAAAUGUUUCGUUUAAAGAAGGACCAUGCACUGAAAUACUCCAAAGUUCUGCUCGACUACUUUAAGAGUUCUCCCAAAGUGCCUUCUACACCGCCUGGCUGGAAUGACUCUGGGAAGGGUACAGGAGGACCCCCGUCUUCACUCUCACCCAAUGCCAAACACCUCAGACAGGGUUCACAUGGGGGCAGCACCUUACCCUCUCUCAUCAGCAUCCCCCAACGUAUCCACCAGAUGGCAGCAAACCACCUGAACAUCACCAACAGUGUCCUGUACAGCUAUGAGUACUGGGAGGUGGCAGACAACCUUGCAAAGGAGAAUAAAGAGUUCUUCAACUACUUGAAUACUUUGUCUGGGCCAUUGACUCUCCACAGUAGCAUCGCUCACGCAGUCCAAUACACCAGGCAGGCUCUUCAGUGGAUACGCAUUAGUGCCAAACUUAACUAACACGGAGAGGAUUUACCUUAACCCGCCCACUGGAUCUCCAGGCCUUAUAUUUAGAAGAGACACAACUCUGGAUCUCUAUGCAGCUGACAGGACAGCACCGACCCCUGCUGUGCUGUGUGAAAUGAGUUAGAGCCUGAUCAUCCUCAUAGGAUGUUGGGGUGCUCGCCAUCCAGGUCUUACCGUGUGCAAAAGCCUUCUGACGAGGCUAUCUUUUAACUUCUCACAGAUGAACUACGUGCACCUUCUUCCCUCAUGGCGGGAUUAAUCUGUUGUUGAGUUGUGUGUGCUAUGGAUUUGAAGUCUCUAAUCAUUUGCCAAAAUGUCCCAUGGUGACAGAAACAGGACUUGUUUGUACGCAGAUGUAUGUGCAGUCUCAUGUGUGAAGCCCUUUUUCAUACUUUGCAAUUGAUCAUCAUCCAGCAGACUGUUUCUCUGGGGCCAAAACGGACAACCAAUCACAUACCACUUUCUCCAAAGUAAGAAUCUUGUCUGCAUCUUUUUCUAAAGAAAGUUUUAAUGACUCUUCUUUUUAAAUAUCUGAUAUUUUCACUUGUAUGUUGUUGUUUUUUUUACUGUGCAAUAUUUGAUGGAUUAUUUGUUUUUAGAAAAGAAAAAAAAAAGAAAGAAUACAAGAAAGAAUAAAUGUUGGUCUAGUUGGCAACAUUCAAGGUCCCUUUUAUGAAA